GGUCGGAAUUUUGGAACAGGGUUAAUCAGAAGAUGUUUGAAAAAUGUGGGGUGAAACACCGAAUGUCAUCAGCAUACCACCCACAGACAAAUGGUUUGGAUGAACGCACAAAUCAGACCCUAAAAAAAGCGAUUGGGGAAAACCCUAAAGGGGUAUCAAGAAAGUUGGGAGGACAAGCUGAAGGAGAUUGUGUUUGCACAUAACUCCUCUUUUCAGGCAUCCUCCAAGUACUCUCCUUUUCGGCUAAUGUAUGGCCGAGAGCCACGACUCUUCUGUGAGAUUGUAGAUGGUGACCCAGUUGGAGAAGUUUCAGCUGUUGCAGAGGAGGACAUCGAGGCCUUUGUUCGAGAACGCACCGAGGCAGAUGCGGAUGUGUUCAACAAAGUGCUCGUCAACAUCGAGAAGGCCCAAGAGAGGCAGAAGGCAGCCUAUCGAGAAAAAAAAGACAAAGGCCAAGCACUUCACCAUCAUUCCUGGUAUGGAGGUGCUGAAGAAAAAUGAGAGGAAGUGUGGCAGACCUGGCAUGGCUAUGCUUCCUGACUGGCCAAACAAGUAUAGGGUCAUCGAAGUGGAGGACAACCUUGUCCAGUUGGAGACAAUGGAAGGCAAACCCCUGACUUCCAAAACACCCUAUGCCUCAGUGAAGCCUUUGCUGAAAAGGUCCCAGACUGACAGAGGUGCUGACUGCUCAGAGUUGGUGGAGGACACUCUCAAGGUGACAUGCAGCAGAACCCCAAAUGAUACCAGCUCCAAGACUGAGCAAGACACACUAGAGGAGGAUGGCAUUGUCAUCACUGGUGUCCAGUCAGGGCGGACUUUGCCAGCAGUGCUGAGCAGAAGGGUGGAGGACUUCAGGGCCAUGCUACUCAGUCCACAUAGCUGGCUUGAUGAUUGAGCAAUUGAUCAUGCCCAGGCUCUCCUAAAGUUGCAGUACCCCAACAUCGGAGGCCUCCACGCCACCACCUCCGUGGCUCUACUAUCUACUGUGCCGUCAAAAACCCAGGGGUUUGUGCAGAUUUUAAAUGUUUGUGCAAACCACUGGGUUACGGUAAGUGACAUUGGGUGUAAGGUGGGUGCUGUGAAUAUUUUUGAUUCCCUAAACAGAGCCCAUACGCAGGAGUUCGAGGUUCAGGUGACAGGUUUGCUCUGUUUUCCUGGGAAGAGUGUGACCAUGCAGUGGCCCGUUGUCCAGCAGCAGGAAGGUGGCACCGACUGUGGGCUGUUUGCUAUUGCAAACAGUCUCACCAUCUGCAGAGGUGAGGAUCCAUGCAUUACCACUUAUGAUCAGAGACUCAUGCGAGACCAUCUUUUUGCAUGUUUUCAGAAGGGCUUCCUGACACCAUUCCCGGGUUAUGUGGAGAGCCCCCCGAUGACCUUAGGCCACGCCAUGGAGGUGGACAUCCAUUGCCUCUGCCGCCGAGCAAUCCGAUCAGGUAAGGAUCCUGUUGUUGUCUGCAGGAGGUGCAGGCAACUUUUCCACCAGUUUUGUCUGAGCCAUGUUUUAGAUUUUGCAGAGUAUGUCUGCCCUAGAUGUACUGUUGUUGUGUUGUGUUAAUCUUUUCUUUGAGCUUUUUUUUUUCUCGCAGGUUUAAUGCAGAACAUUUAAAUAAAAUUUGUAUGUAUUGGCAGAAUGUUAUGAGCAUAACUAUACCAUAUUUAAGCUGUGUUCCAUAUUCUUAACUGUUGUUUGUCCUAGAUGUACUGCUGUCGUGUUCCUGUUGUGUUAAUCUUUUCUCUAAGUUGGUCACUUGCAGAUUGUAUCCAGACACUCAGUUACAAUCAGUUUAAAUAAUUAAUUAAUUAAUCAAUCAGUUCUUUAUUUAAUCAGUUAUUUAUC